AUGCAUGACAGCCGUGAGGCUGCCUAUGCGGCGAUAAUCCUAGUGUCUCUGGGUAUCAGUCUCUCGACGAUCUCCUCGUUUGUGAUCUCAAUCCAACCGCUAUCCGCGCUUCUUCGAUCAUCGCUGUCGUCGGCGGUGCGCGAUGCAAGCUACUGUCAGGAGAGUGCAAACGAGAUGAAGACGAUGGUCGGCGAUCUCGAUCGGCAGUUUCUCAAUAUCAGUAGCGAGCGGCGAAAAAGAGAUGAGAUCGACGAAUUCCUGCGACAAACCGGACUGACGGCCAAGAGACGAGAGUGCGAGUGUCGUCAUCCACAGGGACCACCGGGUCUUCCGGGAAGAGACGGUCUUCCAGGAACUCGCGGAGCUGAAGGAGCUCCCGGUCUUCCGGCAAGACUUCCGUGCCAGCCAGAAGUCGAUAUCAAGGCGAUCUGUGUGGAUCCUUGUCCGCGAGGAGUUCAAGGAAUUCCAGGAAUCCCUGGUGUCAAAGGAGACACUGGCAAGCCGGGAGUGCCAGGCAAAAAUGGCAAGCGAGGCGAGAAUGGAAAGGUCGGAGCGAAAGGACCACAAGGGCCGCCGGGAAUCCCGGGACUCGGCGGAGAACCGGGCGAUGCUGGUGCAGACGCGAUUCCGAAGCCAUUCAUUCCCGGACCACCGGGGCCGGUUGGAGACGAGGGAGACAUGGGACCACCGGGACCACCGGGAAUGCCCGGAAUCGAUGGUCCGAUGGGAGCACAAGGGCCAAGAGGAAAGAAGGGAAAACCAGGAUUCCCUGGCAACGAUGGUGCUCCAGGAGCCGAAGGCUUCAUCGGAGAGCGAGGAAAAGAGGGAAACAGAGGGGUAUGUCCCACAUAUUGCGCAACCGACGGAGGCGUGUUCUUCGUCCAACCGCCCGAUUGGAUGAUCAAUUGA